GCGUGUGUAUUUGAAGUAGACGAGCAUAUGCUUUUCCUUUUUACUAAUAUUCACUUUUUCACGCGUUUUGGUAUCGUCCUUUUAUACAAAAGCAUUUAUCAAAUUCCUUUAUUGUCCUUUUUUCUCUCUCCCGCAGAUAGAAAAACGAUAAUUUCGCCCAAAAAUUGGAAACACAGGGAUAUAAAAGAGACCAAUAGGAACAUAAACGAAAAAAACAAUAGAAUAUAGUUGAUAAUACCAUUGCAAGCGCGUGUUGGAGCGGCUAAACAAGAAAAAAUGAAUAUCGAAGAAAUUUGAAUACCAUUUAGACACUGACGAAAGCGUCUGAGCGGUGCCGAAGAAAUCCGGAUACGUUCUGGCGAAGAUAUUGUGGACGAAAAGAAACAAGAAGUGAAUAAAAGGAAUAAACAAAGAAGGGAAAGAGGAAUGCGUAGUGAAAGAAAAAAAAGUAAAAGUAAAGAAAAAAUGUAGAAUUAAAGGAAAAAAAAACAAGUGAGAGAGAAACAAAAUAAGGUAAAAUAAGAAAAAAAAUAUAUAUAUCGCAUUUUUUUCUGUGACGGACGUAAAUCAAAAACACAAUAAAUAUCACAACACAAGAAAACCUUUAUAAAAUAAGGAAUAAAGAGAGAAACAGAUACACCAAAAGAGAAAGAGGCGAUGAAGCACAAUGAUGAAAAUACAAAUAUGAGUCCAAAGAAUUACAAAAGAAAGAUAGAUAAGAAUGAAAACGACAGAUGAAAGACUGAAAAUGGGGAAAAGUGAUUAAAGAAAACGAGGAUAACAAGGAAAAAUAACAAAAUAGAAGAAAAUGGAGGGUGAAAAUUGAUAAUGAGUUAAGGGAUUGAUAUCACUUUCGGCAUAAUUUGAUAAAACAGAAAAAUAGAAAAACAAAAAAUGUAUCGAAUCGCUCAUAGAUGAAAUAUCAGAGGAAGUGGAAAGCAAAUAAAGAAAGGAAGAGAUCAAACAGAGAGAUAACAUGCGUGUAAUAGAGUGGUUGGUAGAUAGACAGAUAUAUUUAUAGAUAGAUAGAGAGGGAGGGAGGGAGAGGCGAGAUAUGCACACUGGCAAACAGAUUUAUAUCUAGAUAGGAGCAGAUAGAUAAGCAAUUGAUAGUUAUAGAUUGAUAGAUAGACAGAUAGAUAGAUAAAUAAAUAGGUAUGUACAUAGAUGUAUAUAUAGAUGGACAGAUAUUUAGACUGAUAGAUAGAUAGAUAGUCUGAUAGAUAUAUGUAGAUGGAUAGAUAGACAAGCAAAGAGAUAGAUAGAUAGAGAGAGCGCCCGACCCGCCAGGAGCCCAGAGGCGCCGCCCAAAGCCAGAGCCGCGGCCGCCCGCGACGCGACGGCCGCCCAGGCCAGGCGGGAGGGACUAUGUUGAGCCUGGACGCCACCGUGCACCUGCUGUGGCUGGGCACGCCCAUUCUGGCCGGCGUCAGCGGCGUCACGGUGCUGACGGCCGUCAGCGGCGACAGCUGGCUGGCCACGAGGGAGAGGGUGCCAAACCCCGCCUUCAGGAACGGCUCGUCCAAGGUGGAAUACAUCUCCAAGUGGACAACCAGCGGACUCUUCUCGCUCUGCGUCACCGAAGUUCAUGAUGCUGGGAAUCGUCAUCUACAUCGCCACGCUUAAGGGCGAAGUUGCCGAGAAACUCCGACCAAAAUCGACCUUCCAGGAGCCCCUCUUCGUCUACGCCUACGGCUGGAGUUUCCUGCUCAUCAUCGCCGGCUUCAUAUCGACCGAGGUGGCCGGCAUCACGGCGAUUUUCCUCUACAUCUACUGGCACAAGAGAGACUGGGGCAACAAGCAGAAACUCCUGUACAGCCCCGACUGCCUCCCGCCGCCCCCGCCUGCCUGCUUCAAGCACCCACGCCCGCGGAGCUUCUCGCUGCACGCCCAAAUGCCGCUGCUAGAUGGCGCCCACGUCAGAAG